AUGAGUAGCGUGUUCCGUCAAAGAACCAUAUUCGAUUUGCAACGGCGACGGAGAAAGAAAUAUCCGUUUUACUGCCUGGAAGACCCUGAUUUACAACGCGUCCUACAUCGAGAUGCGUUUUGUGGAAAGAAGGUGGGUGUCUGUUUUGUUCACAGUAUAUUCUUCCAUACCUAUACGUUCUGUCCCGAACCGUUUGAACAUUAUUCUGAAGAGACUGGUUCAGAUCCAUGUGACUCGGUCUUGUGUUACAAUGUGGACCGCUGUCAUAGAAAUCUGGAGAUACCUGAAUUAGAGAUUCUGAUUGAGGGCAUUAGUCUUGCUGCAUUGAGACAAGCUGGAAAUGUCAUGUCGCACAAAAGCACAUGCAGCAUCAGCCGGGCUACCCCUCUUGACAGUUCUUCGCAUGCGUCUACUUCACUGCCGGCUGGAUCGCAGCAGUAG